GGAGAGUAUCGCGGUCCUCGCCUCCCCCGGCCGUCUGCCAGUUCUGCGAAGCUCGUGCCUUCGGAGAGAUAUUAGGGAAGGCGGCCAGCGCGGCUGCGAUGGGGGAGGAGGUGCACCUGGGCCUGCCGGGGCCCUGGGCGGAAGACUACCGGGAGAAGGCCGACCACUACACCACCAAGAUCGGCGGAGUACCCGAUUGGCCGAAAGAGGAUCUGGGCAUUGAGCCUGAGUUGCUCCAAUGCGGGCUAUGUGGAACCAGGCUCUGCCUUGUUGCGCAGGUUUAUGCUCCUCUGGCAAAGCUUAACAUCGAGGAGAGGACACUGUAUGUGCUUGUUUGCCCCACACCAAAGUGCAGCCCUAAUCCGCAAAGUUGGAAGGUCCUACGAGUUCAGAAGUGUCUUAGUGGUAUGCAAACAAACGGUAAGGAGGAUGAAUUACUCCAAAGGAAAGAAAGGGUUUGCUCAAAUGAGCCUGCCCCUUCAAGUUCUGUUGGAGAACACAAGGAAGAAAGCAAUAGUCUCAAUAGAAAUGAUGAUGACUUUGAUUUAGAUGCCUUGGCUGAAGCACUUGAGCAGGCUGCAACGUUGGCAUCUAGCACAAAGAAGAAAAAUAAAUCAAAGCGUGCUAAUAAUGUGCCGACAAAAUGUGCUGUAGUGAAGGAGAAAGUAAAUGACCUGACUAUACCAGUUCUUCCUUGUUUCUACAUCUAUUAUGACAAGGAACAAUCGAGGGGCAAAAGCAAUGUGUGUUCAAGUAGCAAUGAAACAGUUUUGACAGAAGAGAUCAUGGACAUGCGAAAUGAUGAAGAAGAAAAAUGGGAAGGUGAAAAAUAUGAAUAUGAUAGCGCUCCUGGUGCUGACAGAACUUUCUUAAAAUUCAAGAAACGGUUGGAUGCAUAUCCUCAACAAUGCUUUAGGUAUUCCUUUGCUGGCAAGCCGUUGUUAGCUGCGACUAACUCACGAGAUGUUGGCACGUGUAAACUUUGUGGUUCACCACGCCAAUAUGAACUCCAACUGAUGUCCCCAUUAUCAUAUUUUCUCCACCAAGCUGGCGAUGGUUCCUCAAAUUGUGCACCUAAUGCCUGGAGUUGGCUGAGUCUUGUUGUCUACAGUUGCUCUAAGAGUUGCUGUCCUUCAUCUUGCGGUGGAAAACCGGGCAAUUGCUGCUGGGGAGUAGUGGAGGAGGAGAUAGUGAUGCAGGAGGAUGAAGCAUGUAAUGCGUAACUUGUUUAGUAACUAGUCUGAAGUCUGAACCAUGUCUAAAAAUUGUUUCACCAUUAUCCUGAUGUCAAGCUAUCUGUAAUGUUUUUUCUUUGCCUUCUUGUAGUCAGUCGAUUCGACGGGUCAAUUUUGUAGAAGUUCACCGAGGUAUAGAAAGUUGAUUGCCUCAAUUUAUAAAUUGAAAGGUGGAAAACAUAAUUGCACUGUAAUUUAAACUCUCCAUUCGUUUGUUUU